AUGAGAAAUGUGCCUACUGCAAUAGCAGGUAGAAAACAAUUAAAACAUAAAAGCAGAUUGUACGAUCUUCCUCGAACAAAUAAUGAAGUCGAUAUUAAUGAUUAUAAUCCUGGUAUUCUUACUGCAUGGGAAGGAAAUAUGGAUAUACAAUUUAUUGGUGAAAAGUCGACAUUGCUCACUUGGUACGUUACCAAAUAUUUGAAUAAAGCAGCAAAAAGUGAGUUAUCUGAUUUUGAUCUUGCAAAUUGUAAGAAUGAUAUAAAUAAAUCAUUGGCAAGUGUUCUUUGGAAUUUUGCUUUACGAUCCAUAAGCAGUAGAGAAUGUGGAGCUUUUGAAGCUGCUGAUAUGUUGCUAGGUAUUCCUUUAUAUGGGACUGAUCGCAAUACGACGAUUAAAUGGUUAGAUGUUAAUUCCAUACGGCAGAGGAAAUUAAAAAAUCGUAAAGAAAUUGAAGCUCUUGAUGGUGAAUCUACAGAUAUAUUUUAUCCAUCUGUAAGAGAUAAUUAUUAUCCCAAUAGACCAGAAGAAUUAGAAUCUGUGUCUCUUUAUGAAUUCGUACAAUGGCAUAAUGUUAAUAAUCGACCGGAAGAAUAUUUCUUUUCUUUACUGCUUAUGUUUAAACCAUGGCGGAAAUUAGAGGAUCUUAGAGAUAGUUGUGAUACUUAUGCGGAAUCGUUUCAUAAAGUAAAACUGCAUCUUACAAAGGCAUUGCAAUACCAUGAAAAACUAGAAGAAUUAAAAAAAGCAUUUGAAACUGCGCAAGAGUUAGUUCGGCAAUUACUAGAUGAAGAAUUACAAAAAAACGUGUCUCAGGAUGACCCUGACAAUCCGAUAGGCGUUCAAAAUAUAGAAGCUGGUGAAGCAAUGCAAGAUUUUAGAGAUCUUGGCAAUAAAAUAGAUGAGACAAUUAAUGUGUCAGAUAAUUCGAUAUUACGGUUGUAUGUUAGCGGAGAAGGUAGAACUGGAAAGAGUUUCUUAAUUAAAACCAUUAAAUGUUGGAUAAAACAAUAUCUCAAUAAAGAUACCGCUGUAGCGGCACCUACUGGCAUAGCAGCGUUUAAUAUAGACGGUUUGACAGUUCAUAGAUUGCUUCAAUUACCUGUUGAACAUGGUCAUAUUCCAAAGUAUAAACCAUUGUCUGAUCAUGUGUUAAAAGUUUUACGAGCAGAUCUCAAGGAUGUUGUUCUUUUUGUGAUUGAUGAAGUGUCAAUGAUAUCUAAUUUGACUUUAAUGUAUAUACAUCUUCGAUUGUCUGAAAUAUUUAAUACUAACGAUUGUGAAGACGGUCGGUUCGGUCAAAAGCACAUUCUUUUAUUUGGCGAUCUGCUACAAUUACCUCCUGUACAUGACGAUCCUGUUUUUGUACGAUUACCAAAUGACAAAAUUGAUAAAUGUAUCGGUUCUUUAACUGCUGUUAAUUUGUGGACUACAUUAUUUGAUUAUGAUGAGUUGACGAUCAAUAUGCGUCAGCAAGGGGAUGACUCUUAUCGACAGUUGUUGUCAAGAAUUCGUAUUGGUUUAUUGACAAAUUCUGAUUGCGAGAUUCUUGAAAAUCGAAAAAUAUCGUUUAAAGGUGAUUCUUUUGAAUCUAGAUUAAACGAAUUAUGUAAUUUCAUUAAUGAGUUUUCGUCGGAUUGUUUGUUGCCUACUCGUCGUAUGUGUGAUGUUCUUAAUGCUGCAAUGUUAAAUCGCAUUGUUUCGAAAGAGAUAUUAUUAAUUGCCGAAGACACGAUUGACUGUAUUCCAUAUGUGAGAAAGAAAGUAUCGAAAGUAUUAUCGAGUAAUGAUGAUGAUAAUUCUAAAACUGCUGGACUUUCAAAAGAAAUUGUAAUUAAGAUUGGAGCAAAAGUUAUGAUAAGGCGUAAUAUUGAUGCUACCUUAGGUCUUGUGAAUGGUACAAUAGCUGAGGUAAUUUCAGUUGUACAAGAUACGUCUACCGAUCAUGUAGAAAAAAUAAAGCUUCUUUUACCAUCGGAAUUAGAAUAUUUCAUUGAAAAAGUGAGCGUUAAAUUUGAAGUGGUGGAUAGAGCGUUUGUUACUAGAAAACAAUUUCCAUUGUGUCUGAGUUAUGGAAUCACCAUUCAUAAAAGUCAAGGAUUGAGCUUACAAAGUGCUAUUAUGGACAUAGGCAACUCUAUAUUUAAUUGCGGUCAAGUUUAUGUUGCAUUAUCACGAGUAACGUCUCUAAAAGGGUUGCAUUUAAUUAACUAUGAUCCUUCAUCAGUAACAGCUGAGGAAAAAGCUAUUCGAGAAUAUAAUCAACUAAGAAAUAAGUACAAACCAGAAGCAGAAAUAAUUACUCUUGCAAAAGAACGCUAUCGCAAAACAAUGUUUCAUGUUAUGCAAAUGCAGCAUUACAAUGUCUAA